AGGUCUUUGAUUCGUGAUUGUGUAUGAAAGUUUUUUUUUUCCGGGCGUAGUUGCGACAUAUUUUAAGAGUCUUUUUGUAACCAAAGCUGCCCGUUUGUCGCACCUUAGAUUUUUUGAACAACGAAUAGUCCAACGACCAAUGACCUUCCGAUAGUUCUGUGUGCACCAGCAGCCUUAACGCCGGACAGUGCACCAGCAACAGCACAAGAACCCCGGCGUCACUGCUCCUAGACGGUGCUACUGCCCCAGGUCGUCCCCGCGACUAGAUGGGUAACGGCGCAUGCCGGGGUACGACGAGCAGCCGCGUGGCAGUGCGCGCUCCUGGACGAGCGGCGCCUCCGCGGCCGAGGUCCAAGGAAGGCCGACAAGCUGACGCAACGGAACGGAAUGGCGACAACACUUUUUCUCCAAGCAAGCCACGCAACGCGCACGAUGGCACUAUGUCUGCGGUGUCGCAGGGGGGCGCCGCGGCCGCGGCAGUGGAGUUGUUCCACGCACUGGACACGAAGGGCGAACGGCGGAAUGGCCUGCCCGCACUGGACGUGCGAGAAGUGAUCGCGUUUCUCGCCCGGCAGGGGCUAUUUCUGCACAUCGACAUGCGGCUGCACCCGAUGUUUGUGUUUCUCGUGGAGGACCAGGGCCUCGAUGCCGAGUGGCUGUGGCGGUUCUGCGAGUACUGCUCGAAAAACGGUGGCAGCGGUGUCAGCGACACCAGCGAUCCACCAGACCACGAGUUCCACCUCCUCGUCGCAAAUUACGACUCGUUUGACGAGGAGGACCUGCUGCUCCAGGAGGAGGAGUUCACCGCGAUGGUGCAGGUGUGCCUGGCCACCGUCCGCCAGGCCGUGCACGGGCAGAUGGCCGUGCGGAACUUCGGGCGGCUGAAGAAGGUCGUGUCGGAAAUCCACGAACUCGUCAGGCAGAACGAGAAAGGGGAGAACGCGAGCUACAUCCCGCAGCUCAGCGAGCAGAACGUGCCCUGGAACCAGUUUGCGAUCUCGCUGACCACAAUCGACGGCCAGCACUGCUCCGUGGGCGACUCGCUGAACUCCUUCGCCAUCCAAAGCUGUUCGAAACCCAUCUCCUUUCUCUGCGCGUUGCGCCAGUUUGGCGUCGACUACACCAGCAACGCGGUGGGUGUGGAGGCGAGCGGCCGCCCCUUCAACGAGGUGUGUCUGAAGCAGAAGGAGCCCGGGCGCGAGAUCCCGCACAACCCCUGCAUCAACGCCGGCGCGAUCUGCACCGUGUCUAUGGUGUACCCCGAAUUAGAGGAGUCGGACCGCCUGCUGCAGCUCCUGGAGGUGUGGCGGUCGCUGAGUCGGGGUUUGCGGCCGGUCCAGUGCGACGAUCUUGCGGGGAAGACGGUCCCCUACGGUCCCUUCGAUUACGAGGAAAACUGCAAACCCUCCGUGGAAAUGAAUUCGAAAACAAAGGCGUCUAGUACCUCCCUCGGGAGCCCUGGGAGUGAGAUGUGUCCGGGGGAGUUGCGGCGAAAUUCCGGCUGCGCGAGUACCGGGAACUUGCUGCAGCGCCAGGGGACCGUCGCCGAUAUCGUUCCGCGGUCGCUGCUGCAGCGACAGCCGAUCCACGACGAUCGCGACGAGGACGACGAGGACGAGGCUGCGGAGCAGGAACUCGCCGACGCCGUUGUGCAGAAACAGAUGGAGGCACACGUGCGCGCCUGCAAGAAGUCGAUGGAAAAGAACACGCGUUUCAAGAAGCAAAAUUCCUUCCGAGCCGGCGCCCAAAACACAGCUGCCGGCGGUGGUGGCGGGGAGGGGUCGCUGAGCCCCAAGCACUGCACCGGCCGCGGCGGCCGGCGGUUCUCGGACGCCAGUGACAAAAGUUUCGCGCUGCAGAGUGAGUGCACGACGGAGAACGGAGACUGGUCGGGAGACAACAUGCAUUUUGCGCGCUCGGCCUCGUCGGUCAAGGAAAAAUCUCUCUACGGGGAUCCGGAAAAGAUUUUCAAGAAGAACCGCGUCGAGUGCCUGACCGCCUCGGAUAUGCACAUUAAUCGGGCGAUGUAUGAGUCGGAGAGUCUCACCGCCAACGGCAACUGGUGUUUGGCGCACCUGAUGGUCGCGCGGAACAGUUUCCCGCCGUGCUUUCACGCCAAGGGCGAGGCGCUGGUGAAGCGGCACAACCAGCGAAGGCAAGAAAUGUUGGAAUUCGCUGCACACUUGAAAACCGUGAACAGUCCGCCGAGGCGGCGAAACGGCGGUAGGCACGCAUGCCUCGAAGAAGAGGACGAGGACGAAGAGGUUCUCGUCGUGGCGAAAUCCACGAAGCAUUGGAUUACCGAGUCCACCGCCCCGGUUUCGGCCACGGAGCUGGCGCUGAAGGAGACUCUGGAAACCUACUUCCAGGCCUGCAGCAUCAUGAGCAACAACCGGCUGAUGAGCACGAUGGCGGCCACGCUGGCGAACUGCGGGCGCAAUGUGUACACCGGCACGUUGUGCUUCGGCCGCAAGGAGAUUUCGCAGGUGCUCCCGAUCAUGAUUACGGCGGGAAUGUACGACUACAGCGGUCAGUGGUCCUUCGACGUCGGGGUUCCGGCCAAAUCCGGGGUCGGUGGCUGCGUGUACAUGGUGAUUCCGGGGUUGUGCGGCAUUUCGGUGUUCAGCCCGCGGUUGGACCAGAACGGGAACUCCGUCCGCGGAGUCGACGCCUGCACGCGGCUCUCGGAGGCUUUGAAUUUGAACACGUUGUCUUCGCUCCAGCCGCCGGUCGCGAAUAAGGCAAAGCAGGACAAUAGUAACGGCAAAUUGCACGUGCUCGAUGAGCUGGCGUUCGACCCGCGGCGGGGUACGGACCCGGUGGAGGAACAGGUGGCGCGCGUGUUGAAAACCGCCGCGUGGGGCGACGUGCAGGAACUGACCCGGCUGUUCAAGGCGGGGGUGGAUUUCAGUGCGGGCGACUACGAUCAGCGGACGGCGCUGCACGUUGCCGCGGCGGAGGGCCACGCGAACAUUGUGCACUUUUUGCUGCUCGUGUUGAAGCCGGAGCAGCAGACCAGCCUGGACCGCUGGGGGCAAAGUCCAGCAGACGGGGUGGCGAACCGCCGGGUGGCACGCAUCCUGGAGAAGGCGCACGUCUUUCCGCAGAACCCGGUGUUGCCCGAUCUGCACGAAAACGGGAUGACGGAAGCCUACACGUAUCCACAGGAAAUAAAUUUCCCGUACUACGUACUUGUACGAAUGCGGUAAUAUCUACAUGACCAAGCGUUCCAUCCUCCAAUCCUAUUUAGCAUGACAGGUCCGUCGUAGGCUCCGAGUUAGCGAAAUUUGUAGUGCAUUUACACUUUGUACGUGUACAGGAACUUUGUCUUGCAUAACACGCACCUGGAGUUUUCUGACGAGGAACUGCCGAUUCUGUGGACCGCCUCGCGGGAAGAAGAAUCCAGUCUGGACGAAUUGAUCAUGUUCAAUGCGCGGCACGGCCCGGAUAUGCAAGGAAAAAACUGUGUGAGUGUAGCUCUGUGCUGCAAGCGAUGCAAGACUUGUCAGGCUUGACAUGCAUCAUAGGCUAGUUUCAUACGCGCUCUUUUCACGUAUCAACGAACUGCGUCAUGCCAGACAGAUUUGUCACGCUGUUUCCCCAAAAGAGUUACACUAACACAGUUUCUUUUCUGGAUACCGGAAAAGCUAGUCUUGGGUGCGGACUACGAUAAGCGCACCUGCUUUCAUCUCGCGGUCAGCUGCAGGGCGCUUAAGAAUGUCAGGUAGUAUGCUGUCAUUUUGUUCGAUGAAUUCGAAAAUACUACUUACACGCACUGUGAUUUUUGUGGUGUUUGCCAUGUGGGAAAAGUAAAGAAAGGAAAACUUGAGCUCGAAAAUCAUCACCUGUGCAGGGCGAGCGGGUGCAUGCGCGUCAAGGUUGUAAGGAUGUUAAUACCGGCCUGAGUAAAUAGGGCAGAACCAAAUGUUACCAUUAAACUAAACUAAAUUUUGAAACAGGUACCUUUUAGUGCAGGCAAGAAAGUGCAACGCCUUGAGCGCCAUGCUUCAGUUCCGGGACCGUAUGGGCGGCACAGGUCUGUCGGAUUUGGAGCGGGAAAGUGCAAAGGAAAGUGAGCAGUUGCCGGAGUGUCAGGCCAUUUGGGAACUCUUACGCCAGGAGAUCGAAGAUGCGAGCAACAGCUGUAGCCAGCAACCCAGUCGCCAAAGCAGCAAAAACCUCUAG